GAGUAAUCUGAUUUGGUUUCCCCUCCAUAUUCCUAAACACAGCAUGAUCGCUUGGAUGGCUAUUUUGGACAGACUUCCUACUAAAGCUAUAUUACAACAUAUGGGUAUUGCUACUGAUGGUUUAUGUGUUUUAUGUAAAGAAGCACAGGAAACAAGAGAUCACUUGUUCAUGGACUGCCCACUAGCAUACUCUCUACGGAAGGAAAUCUUACUACUCACAGGCUUACGGAGAUCUUCAUUGUCCUGGGAUCAUCAUAUGUCCUGGGCAUGUGGUUCCUGGACAGGCUAAGGAGGCUGUUUUAGUUUUGGAUCAAAGCCUUUCAAGAUGGCAUCCAACAAUAAGAUGAAGGGUCUUUUAAAAGGCCUUAGAUACAUUUCUGAAAUAUUUGAAAAUGAAAAAGAGCCUGAAAUGCAGAUUGGUUUGCCAACAGAUGUAAAGCAUGUGGCUCACAUAGGAUGGGAUGGUCCAUCAGCAGCAAAAUCUGCACCCAGCUGGAUGAAUGAGUUUAAAUCAUCACCUGCCAAUAAUGGAGAUGCUCGGGAGGAAGAUCCUCGCAAAUCCGUCUCUCAAGAUGGGAUUAACGUAGAAGGUCCGAGGAGUUCAUCAGCAACAGACAUGGCAGAAGUGCCAAAAUCAUCAAAGCGCAGUUCAGAUUCUUCAACUAGAAAUGAUUCAACAGGAGAGUCUACAGGGAAGGAAAAAUCAGAUAAACCUAAGCAUCCAAAGAAGAGUUCCAAGACCACUUCUUCUUCUUCAAAGGAAGCUUCUGAAAACGCCACAAAGCCUAAGAAAAAACCAAAGGAACCCAAAGAACACAAGGAGCCGAAGGAACCAAAGGAUCCAAAUGAAGAAGACAACCAGAAGAAAAGUAGUCGACGAAAGAAAUCCAAAGACAGUGCUGAAGGAUCCUCCAGGCGGUCCAGGACCCGGGACUUGGAUAACGGAUCCGAUUCCGGGUCGGUAGUUGGGAUCCGAGAGGAACGACUAAAUGGUUCGGGUUUUGAAGGGGAAUUCUGAGGGGAAAUUUUUUUUGUUUAACGUUGGUGACCAUUGGUUUUGGUUGUAUAAUGUAAAACACUGAUAGCUACUAGCUAGACGGAGACUAUCUUUUGCUUUAGUAGAAAACCAAGUACUUGUCUUUUUCCCACAUCGAGGAAAACCUA